AUGGGGCUACUUCGGACUCGUCGUACUGAGGAGCCUGAAGUGGAAAGUGUUAGGAAAGCUAGAGAAGCUACAAUUGAGCAAGAGAAUCAAGUGGAUGAAGAAGCUGGCGAUGAAGGUGAUAAUGAUAUUGACGCUGAGGAGAAUGGUAUUGGUGUAGAAGAAGAAGUUGUCGGGGAUUUAAGAGCUCACUUUGGAGAUGAUGCAGGAGACGAAGGUGAUGUGAGUGACGGAGACAGUGGUGAUGACAUUUGGGAUGAUGAUAAAAUCCCAGACCCAUUGUCAUCUGAUGAUGAUGAAGAAGAGUAUGAGCGUAGAGAAGAGGUUGCAAAUACACUUGGUUGUGAAGAGCUUAUCUAUUUGGGGAAAACGUAUGGAUGUGCGUCUGAUUUUAAAGUGGCUCUGCUUAGGUACUCUCUGCGAUCUAGGUAUGAUAUCAAGCUUUACAAGUCUUGUGCUAAGUCAGUUGGUGCAAAAUGCACUGAUGUGGAGUCUAAGUGUCCUUGGAGAAUUUAUUGUUCAUAUGAAAGAAGAAGACAUAAGAUGCAAGUGAAGGUAUAUGUGAAUGAGCAUUGUUGCAUUAGGUCAGGGUACUCGAAGAUGUUGAAGACUUCUUCUAUUGCCAUGCUCUUUGAGGAAAGGCUAAGAAUAAAUCCUAAGUUUACUAGGACAGAGAUGGCGGAAGAGAUAAAGCGAGAAUAUAAUCUCACAGUCACAGAGGAGCAGUGUGGAAAAGCAAAGGCUAAGCUUUACAGAGGAAGGAAAGCCAGCCAUGAAGCUCACUUUUCUCGGAUUUGGGACUACCAAGCUGAGGUCCCAAAAUCUAAUAUGUACUCUACUAUGAAGAUUGAGACUGUUCCAGGGCCUGUGGUACAGAGCAAACAGAGAUUUGAUCGCCUCUACAUGCCCAUCAUUGGCUUAGAUGGAGCAUUUCUCAAAUGGGAUAUAAAAGGACACUUAUUGGCUGCUGUUGGAAGAGAUGGUGACAAUAGAAUAGUUCCAAUUGCUUGGGCUGUGGUGGAGGUGGAGAAUAACAUAAAUUGGGAGUGGUUUGUGCAAUUGUUGAAGGAAGAUUUGGGACUACAAGAUGGCUCUAAAAUCACCAUCAUUUCAGACAAGCAGAAGGGCCUGGUGAAUGCUGUGAAAAAUGAGCUACCAGAAGCAGAACAUCGAAUGUGUGCAAGACACAUACUGUCAAACUGGAAAAGAGACAGCAAGGAUCCUGAGUUAGAGCGUAUGUUUUGGAUAAUAGCUGGUUGCUACACCAUAGGAGAGUUUGAAGAAGCUUUAGAGGUAUUGAAAAAAUAUAACAAAGGUGCGUUUGACACUCUCCAACUACAAAACCCGAGAACGUGGAGUAGAGCAUUCUUUAAAGUUGGGUCAUUUUGCAAUGAUAACCUCAACAACCUCUGUGAGUCUUUCAAUAAAACCAUUAGGGAAGCAAGGAAAAAACCAUUACUUGAAAUGCUAGAAGAUAUUAGGAGGCAAAGUAUGGUUCGUCAUGCAAAGAGAGCUAUUCUUGCAAAAAGGUUGAAGACACAUUUUACAAUGAAGGCACACGCGGAGAUUGAACUCAACAAAGAGAAGGCUAAAGAAUUGAGAAGGCACCUUGCUUGUGGAAACGUGCAUGAGGUUGAUGACCAUUCUGUUGCUUAUCGUGUGGACAUGGAUCUCAAAACAUGCGGGUGUGUAAAAUGGCAGCUCACUGGAAUCCCUUGUAUACAUGCUACUUGUGUUAUUACAGCCAAGAAGAUUAGGACAGAAGAUUAUGUUGCUGGCUAUUACACAACCCAAAAGUGGCGAGAAACAUAUUCCCGUGGAAUAAGACCUGUCCAAGGUAUGAUCUUAUGGCCUCGGUUAAAUAGGUUAGGAGUUUUGCCACCACCAUUUAGACUAGGAAAGCGUGGAAGACCAAGUAAUCAUGAUAGGAAGAAAGGCCUUAAUGAAACUUCAUCCAACAAGACCAAGAUGACACGAGAUAGGAGGGUCAUUACAUGCUCAAAUUGCCAUGAUGAAGGUCAUAACAAGACGACUUGUCCUAAUGACAAAGUUGAGAGUGCUCCAAAAAGGCCAAGAGGUCGACCAAGAAAGGAUUUGGGAGAAUACUCUCAAGCACAAGGACCCUCACAAGGACCCUCACAAGGACUCUCUCAACAGCCAUCUCAACCCUCACAAGUGUGA